UUAGGGUGCGAGAGGUCCCGAGUUCAAUUCUCGGAAUGCCCCUUUUUUUUGUUUCUCUCUCUUGGGCUUUACUCUCCUCUCUCUCGUUUUACACCUUUGUCUCUAGGGUUUAUAUUGGGCUUUACUCUCCUCUCUCUCUAGAAUUGACAUUGCCAUAUUGGGAUUUCCUAAAAUUGUGAGGUUUUAUUUUACAAUCAGCGGCAGCUAUAUCGCAGCGGAGAAUUUACAAAGAAAUUAAAAUAUUUAAUUUGCAAAAACCUUCACUUUUGGGUAUCAUCUGAAUUGGGGGAUAUCAUCGUCUUGAUUUCGAGUACUUGUAUUGGUGGAGUGCAGAAUGGAAAAUGGAGAGCAUUUGCAGAGAGAAUCGAUGGAGGAAAUCGUUGCUAUAUAUUCAGAUUUCAUGAUGAGGAUCGCACAAUUUGAUGAACUAGUGCCCGUGGGUAGCCGGUUUCUUGUCAGCUUUCAGCAAGCUCUUGGGUUCUUAAGACGGCCUCCAAUUGAUACGACUUCUGCAUUGGUGGAGCGCAUUCUCAAUGCUCACAGAACGAGAAGGGUUCAGUCUUAUUUUCAAGCUGGAUGUGCCAACAAUCAUGACCGGGUACAAAAUGUGAGGAAGUUGCAUACAAGCCAUCUUGGACUUCAAGACUACAUAAGUAAAGCUAAAGUUGUUGUCGAUGAACUCAAAUCCUUUCUGGGAAAUGCAGCAACCGUCGUGCAAACUUCAAACGAUAACAAUAGAAAAGAUAGUAGUUUCAACUCAGAUUUAUGUAUUGCUGCAUCUGAGCAAACUGCAACCGAGAAAGAUGAAGAAGAUAUUAGUUUCUACUUGAAUUCAUUUAUUACUUCGACUGAGCAAGAUCAGGGAAGACCUGAUCUUGAAGACUAUGGUAGCAUGAUGGCUAUCAUAUACAGUAUGGUGAAACAAGACUACACAAUGCAGGACCAAAUAGUCUCCUCCCUCAACCUCAAGUCUCCACAAGAAGAACUGGAGACCUAUUGCCAGAUGUGGUCUCUGCGGCCGUUUGUAGAUGAUGACAUGGUGCGUAGAGCUUGGAAUCUCGUCCCCGGGCGCUGAUGAUUUCCUGCUCAUUAGUGUGGAGACUCUUCUUUUUGUGGAGAAAGUGAAGAUCUUCAUUUUCUUCCCUUGCUCCUCACUUUUAGUUUGGACUUGUAUGACUAUUUAGUAGAUUUAAAAGUAUUGUUUUGAAUGAAUUUAUGACAUACUCCAAUUUGAAACAUCAAUAGAAUUAGAAACUAUGAAAGAGACCUAAAUAUUUGGUUAAUAACGUGGAUUGUGUAUCCUAUUACUAUGAAUGGAAAUUGCCAAUGUUUUUGUAGUGUAUUA